ACAAAAAACGUAAGAAACGUUUUGAAGUGUUAAGCUGUAAUGUGAGUGACAAAGAGUCCGGCGCAAGUGGAAAGCGCCGGUAUAUAUCAUCAGCCUGUUAGGUAAGUUGUUAGCUAUUGGUGGUGUAAAAAAAAAGAGGAAAAAGAUAAAGAAGAUAUCUGAGUUUGUCUAUGUGAAAAGCAGUGUGGUUUAGCAGGCGCCAAGAGAGAGAAAAAGGGUGAUGAGAAUAUUUCUGUCUCCCGCUUCCAUUCACAAGUACAAAUGUUUAUUUAUGUUUAACGUGCGUGCAUUGCCACAUAAAUAGAGGCAAAACUGUGACUGUUGACUUUCAGUUUCCUUACUCUUAUCCAUUCUGAAUGCUGAAGGUGGUAAUCAACAACCAAGCGGGGGCCAGAGGGACUUCUGUUUCCCCUUUUUUAGUUAUACCUUAAAUUAAUUUUACCUUUAAUUACGGCAGAGUGACUCCUUGCCGCACACCCUUUAUCCCAACACGUGUCUUUUUCUGAGCAUCUUUUGUUAAUUAGUGUUCAAUAAUGUUCAACAUCUUUAGCAAUCAAAUUAUUAAUUAGUGAUCAAUGGUCAAUUUGGAAAACAUAGAGAGGAAUAAUAGACUGUCGCACAUUUGCAAGUUGUUUUGAUAUAUAUAUAAUAAGCGAGCUGCGACAGUAAUUUUAUUAGAUCUCAUGUCUACAAACAGACAAAGGCAAUUUUGAUGUGUUAAGUGGAGAAGAAAGAUAAUAUUUUUAUCGCAUCUACCAGAACCACACUGGACUUUCCGAAAUAGCAGCUGGAGAGAAAUUUAACUGGAAAAAAAAAAACCGAACGUAAACUUUGAAAGUUGCUAUCCUGACCAGGCCGGCUCCGCAAUUAUGCCGACCAAAUAUUUCAUUCAGAAUAAGCGUAAGAGUUUAGACCAGGAUUUCUUUGCUGAGUGUAUGCAGAAUGAUCAAAAACGGCAAUGUUUAGGACUUCUGAACUAUGACAGAGGUUGUGAAUGGAAACAGGAAGAAUCUGUUGCCGAAAUAAACCCGGCAUCAGAUAUGGAAGAAACUAUGGAAGAAGGUGAAGUUAGCAAUGGCUGUGGAAUGAUGCAAUUAGAAAAUAGCAGCAAUGGCUUCAGCAACAACAACAACAACAACAACAACAGCAGCAUUGUCAAUGAAAACAACAAUAACACUUUUCAUCAUCAACAACUUCAGCAACAACAGACUUUGCUUCAUGUGAUGAAACUACAUUCGUCCAGGACCCUAAACACAAUGAGCAGAAUUCAGAUUCUAAACCAAAGGAAUCGUACCAAAUACAGUCUGAGAGUUCAUCAUCUUCAACACCAACUUAUUAUCAGAAAUUUAAUACCACUUUAGGGCCAGCAGAUAGGUUCUGUGUAGGUGGUGCAUUUGGCUACCAACUUGGGCUGAAUCGUUCCUACUGCAAGCCCUCUUGGGACACUAUAGCUGAUAUGAGGACUUAUGUGUCAGACUAUUACUGAGAUUAAGUUGAUGUUUAAUUUUUUUUGUUGUAAAUUUUUUUUUAUUUUCUUUCAUUCUUCAUUUUAUGUGACUCUUUGUUCACACUUUCAUUAUUAUUUUUAUAAAAUACCAGCUGAUUAUAUUAUAAAUAUCUCAAAGUUUUUUUUUUCCUCUUUGAAAUCAUAUUUUCACACACCUUUUAAAUUCAUAAUUGUUCAUAUAAAAAAAAAAGAAAGAAGAGAUAUCCAAAUCUCUUUGAAAUUAAAAUAUUUUCAAUGGUUCUGGGGGACUUGUCAUUUGAUGAUGGGGGAUUUAAAGAAAAAGUUGGAAGAAAAAAGUGGAAACACAACGACCGUCUGGUUAAGGUGCUGGAGACACAUGCAAAUGUUGCUGCAGUUGUUGUUCUCUGUCCUUGGACAAGAGACAUUUUUUGUGUAAACUCCAGUCUUAGUAAUUGACAACAGGUUCCCCAUUCUUACUUCACAAUUGUGUUGUGUAUCAGCUGGUGUUGGAAGAGCACUAACUUCAACAAUAUGAAAAAAAGAAUUGAAAAAAAAAAAAAAACAAACCCAGAAAGAAAAGAAUUAAUAUUUCCAAAGAUCCAGCCCCACCUAUAUCUGUAUGAAAUGGUGGAGAGUAAAGGAGUUAAAGAAAAAAAAACUCGGAAAAGGAAGAAAAAUGAAAAAUAAUUUUCUUUUCUUUUUUUUUUUAAUUGGUUUGUAUAUUUAUGUUUAAGAAUCACAAAUAGCUGAGUUGGUUAAGCAUCAGCAUUAAUGGAUUUUAGUCUCUUCCUGGCUCUGUAGAAUGCUCAGUUAAGUUUGCCCAACUAUAAAUGAGCAAUGAAGUUCAGUGUAGUUCCCUGCUGAAACCAUUGACAUCAAUGUAUAACUAAUAUAGUCAAGAGUGUCUUGUUAAGUUAUAGUAAUCACCUGAUCAACCAGACUAUCAGACGUUGUUAUACCUCACUGGUCACAGUGCACUUUGCAUCGUUUUUAGGCUUUCAAAUGGUGCCAUCCCACUGGUUAGGCAAGCCAGUCCAUCACAGGGUCACCCAUUCACAGCCGAGCAGACUGGAACAAUGUGAAGUGAAGGGUUUUGCUCAAGAACUUUUAAUAUUCAACUCAAAUGUUGUUUUGGUUUGGAGUGUGGGGGGUGGGUGGGGGUGGGGACGUCUUCAGAUGAAUACAAAAGAAUUUAUUGGAUUGUCUCCCUUCAUGCUCACUCUAUUCACCCCUCCCACCCACAACACAUUUUUGUGUUUUACCAGUUGUUUGCUUUUAGUUUAUUUAAUUAGUAUGUUUUUUUUUUCCCCGGCCUGUAUCUUUUUUUUCUCUCUCUCUUUUUGUUUUCCUGUGCAAAAGGAAAAGAAAAAAAUUGAACUCACUCAAUUUCAGUAAUUUUCUGCAUUUGGGGGAAAAAAAUUUAUCAAAAUGUGUUUCAAUGUAAAUAGAUUCAAGCUGUCUAUAUAACAAAUGUCUACAAGAAGAAAGACAUUCGACACACCGUAUACGACAGUGGAACUAGUUGAAAGUAAAUAAAAAGACAUUUAUAUAUGCCUUGAA